AUGCGGCGGCAUAAGGAGCAUGUGACUCCGGAAGGCGAAAUGCAUCACCCAUUUGAUGCCAUAGUGUGGAAACACUUUAAUGAGGUAUAUCCUGGAUUUGCUGCUGAAAGCCGGAAUAUAUAUCUAUGCUUAUCAACAGAUGGGUUUAAUCCGAUUGGUAUGAAUGGAGAAGCACAUUCCCUUUGGCCUGUUAUUGUAACUCCAUACAAUUUGCCUCCGGGAAUGUGUAUGAAAAGAGAAUUCCUUUACCUUUCGGUGCUAGUUCCGGGGCCCACACAUCCAAGAAAAAGCUUAGAUAUUUACCUUCAGCCAUUAAUUGAAGAAUUACAGAUGUUAUGGAAGGAUGGUGUGGAGGCAUAUGAUAUCUCAAUGAAAGAAAUAUUCAAAAUACGAGCAGAUUUGAUGUGGACGAUAAGCGAUUUUUCAGCUUAUGGGAUGCUUUCAGGUUGGACGACUCAUGGUCGGUUGUCCUGUCCAUAUUGUCAAGAUGAGACUGUUUUAGAUGCUCCUCCUCCGUGGUUGACCGGAGAAGAAAUAUUCCGUGAAAGGAUAAACAAUAUAGAAGGUUUAUCCAAAUCUGUUGAUUGUGGAGGGAAUGGACAUGAUAAUCCAUCCAAGACAAUAUCCGGAUAUGGAGUUACUCACAAUUGGGUAAAGAAGAUUAUCUUCUGGGAGUUACCGUACUGGGAAAAUCAUCUACUUCGGCAUAGCCUUGAUUUCAUGCAUAUUGAGAAAAACUUCUUCGAUAACCUGACGAACACGGUGUUAAAUGCUCCUGGAAAGACGAAAGACAAUAUCAAAAGCAGAUUGGAUCUCCCAGGACUAUGCAAAAGGCGAGAUUUAGAGAUGAAAGAGGAUGAAACGAUGCCCAUCCCAAUAUUCAGGCUGCCAAAUGCGGGAAAAAGAGCAUUCAUUCUGUGGUUGAAAAAUGACCUAAAAUUUCCCGAUGGAUAUUCCUCCAAAUUUAGUCGAUAUAUUGCCCUCUUCUUCCGAGAUAUCUCUUCGAAGAUUUUGAAAGAGUCAGAUGUUGGCCUUUUAAAGGCAAAUAUCGGUAUGAAGCUUUGUAACUUGGAAAAGAUAUUUCCUCCAUCAUUCUUCGAUGUUAUGCAACAUCUUCUUGUGCACCUUCCAGAUGAGGUAGCCUUAGGUAGCCCCGUCCAUUUUAGAUGGAUGUAUGUAUUUGAAAGAUACAUGUAUCAUUUGAAGAAGAUGGUCAAAAACAAAGCACACAUUGCAGGUUCGAUAGUUGCACAAUGGAUAAACGAGGAGAUUUCAAAUGCUUUCUCUACCUUUUUUGGACAUCCUGAAAUCAUGAGCAUUCCAGAAGGUAACACCGUUCUUCAGACAUUUAUGAUGCUCAACUGUGAAACAUUUACUCCAUAUGAAAGGAUGUUUGAAGAAUAUAUGACUCUAAGUGUUCCUGAUAUUACUCCGGCUGCAAUGCAAAAAGCGAAAGACACCAAAUUCGCUGAGUGGUGCAAAGACUAUAUUAAUGAUGCGACUCAGUUUUACACAUUUUCUAUGUGGAUGUUGGAUUUUGUACAAGGUCCUAGGCGUAGUUAUAGGUCUUGGCCAAUAUACCACACACGUGGAUAUACUUUCCACACUCAUAACCACGGUCAAAAUAAGAAAACUCAACAUUAUGGUGUAUGUGUACCUGGAACCAAUGAGACAGACUACUAUGGUCUCAUACAAGAGAUUAUGAUGGUGGAGUAUCAUGGUGAUGUUGGCUUGAAAGUUAUGGUAACUGUGAUCAAGCAUGUUUUAUUCUUUAUCCACGGGUACGUCAACAAUCAGUCCAUGACUGGUGGGCCUGCGCCAAAAAAAUUUCCCCGAGGAAUCCGAGACACGUCCGAAAUUGCUUUAACGGCAUGGCAAGAUGAUAGACGUGAUCAGGUUGCUGAAAUUUCAUUGUUACGGGUGGAAACGCAUGUUGUUGAUGAUGUGUCCGAUUAUGAUAUUGCUCCGGUGAAUCCUCCAAACGAUGAAUAUGUAUCAGAUGGUGAUGUAGAAGCAGACCGUGAUUCAGACGAUGGUUCAGAAUAG